AUGCAUGAGGUUCUGGGAAGCGAGCGAGACAUAAACCUGACGAAGGCAUCUAGAUAUCUACGUCAGUAUCUUCAUCAAGUCUUAUCCUGGUUCUCGUGCUCAUCUCAUGCAUCAUCAGCCGAAAAAGCUUGGGAGAAGCUGUCGCAGGCCGCUGUGCAUGGUGCUGUAUACGACUCCCGUGAACGUCUGCCCCAUCCGAAAUGUCUGAAAGACACCCGAACGACUCUUCUCAAGCACAUCUACGGGUUUUUAGACAACCCAGAGAAAAGCCAACUCGUUUGGCUGCAUGGCACGGCGGGCGUAGGAAAGUCUGCUGUCGCAUUCACCGUAGCUGAAAGGAUGAGAGGUCUGAAAGCAUCAGAGGUGACGAAGGUUGAAAAACGGCUGGCAGGAACAUUCUUCUUCUCGCGUACGAACACGAACCGCUGCACGACUGGAUAUUUAUUCGCGACCCUCGCCUAUCAGCUUGCCAGCAAUUUCUCCUGCGUCCGGAGUGACGUAUCCAAAGCCAUCAUUGAAAAACCUGCCGUUCUAGAAUCCAACAGUUCUGUUCGCGAGCAGAUGGAGGUUUUGUUUCUCCGACCUCUCCGGAAGCUUUGCCAAAGACAGCAGGGUUGUCCGCCGUUGUCAUUCGUCAUUGAUGCCCUUGAUGAAUGCACCUCCAAAGCGGAGCUCGUUGAACUGAUCACAUUGCUUGGCCAAGCUCUUCGUGAACCUGAUCUGCCAAAGCUUCACAUUCUGCUCACUAGUCGCUUGGAAGCGCAUGUCCGUAGAGCCAUGGAGGAUGAAGAGGUGCACCAGCUGGUGUGCGAGAUACCAGUGAAAACCUCUGGGGACGGUGUCCCUGACAUCAUCUCCUUAGACGGCGCAGACGUGGAUAAUGAUAUCUAUGUUUUCUUCAACCAUUCCUUCGCAAGCCUGCGAGAUCACCAUCGCGAUUUCCCACAGCCAACGCGGGAUCAACUAGUGAAAUUAGCGACACGAGCAGGCAGACGUUUCAUCGUGGCGUCUACGAUGAUGAAGUUUAUCGACGAUGGACACAAUGAUCCCCGAGGUCGGCUUCAGAUCAUGCUUGACCUGACAAGCCAGCUGCUACCCGGCACAGAGGUAUACAGAUUGUACGACCGCAUCCUCUCAACAUGCGCUGACCCUAAUCGGGCAUACAUGCACUUGUCCGUUGUGGCCACCCUUGCAGACCCUCUUCCUGCGUCACAAAUAUCGAAACUUCUUGGCCCUGGUGAGGGAAACGAUGUCGAGACAACGCUUGUGCAGCUACGGUCCAUCAUGGAUAUUCCUACUGACAGCAGUCUCCCCGUGAAUAUCUAUCACUCGUCCGUUCGUGAUUAUGUUUCCAACCCCUCGAAUUGCAGCCUUCCUAACCUACAACCCAUCGCGCCCCACUCCAUCCUCGCUUAUUCCUCGUUACGCUUGAUGAUAGAGGAGAUACCAGCAAGCACGGCCCUCUUGGAUGGGCUCGUAGAAUUGAAGAGACAUAGUGAAGUUAUACCAUCUGAGGACCCCCAGAAUUUAAGGGAGUCAUUGAAGUUCAUCGUUCAGCCGCUGGAGCCGCUGCAAGUUCUUUCAGAUCUGCUAUGGGUUCGGGGAGAUCACGCUCCUGUGUUACGGUGUUGGCUAGAGACCCGGGACGGGCGUGCCUGGCUGCAGACAGAGGACGGAUUUGACUGGCUGCAGACAGAGGUGGAGGCAGAUCAUGACCUGGACGGGAAUGGGGAAAACUGGUUGUGGCCAAACGGGGACGGAAUAGAUUGGCUGCAGACACAAAGCGGAAGAGAUUGGCUGCAGACCCAUGCUGCACGAGCCUGGCUGCGGACCCUGGAUGGCGAAGACUGGUUGCAGACAGAGAACGUAAGAGACUGGCUGCAGACACAAAGUGGAAGAGAUUGGCUGCAGACCCAGGCUGCACGAGACUGGCUGCAGACCCGGGGUGGCGAAGACUGGUUGCAGACAGAGAGCGGAAAAGACUGGCUGCAGACACCACAUGCUGAAGCAUGGCCAUUCAUGGGUGUCUGGGUGACAAUUGUCGAAUUCUGGAGUACACUGGAAGCAGUCAGCCAGUACCCAAUUGUCCCAGAUUUUCCUUGCCUCCCAGCCCUCCAGGUGAUCCAGCAUUUAAAGAGUUUGCCGGAUUUCUUGACGUUUCCAGUGUUCCUCGCGCUAAGGCACCCCAAUAAUUCCACGUUGGUUUCAUCCCAAGAUCAUCUUCCGGACAUGGAGAUCAUCCGUGCUAUGAAGACCUUCGUAAAUUGUGCCAACGACGUACGAGAACGAAGUCAAUCAGCUUCUCAUGCUCUCAAGUAUGCAUGCCACAAUUGGGCCAUCCAUCUCGCGCGAGUUCCACGUCCAUGGGACGCCAGGCUCUAUCAUGUUUUUGAUUUCUUCUGGAAUCACAAUCUCCUGUGUUGGCUCGAAAUGCACUGGUGUUCAAAGGGUCUGCGGGCCUGCCUCGCUAUUUUAUAUGAAGGAGAGAAACUUGCAGGGGAUAUCAACGAUUUCGUUAUCGCUCGUGGUCGUUACUUCACACAUAUUUUGUCCUUCCAGUUCCCGGACGAGCGAAGGAAGUGUAGUACAAGCAAAUGUAUCAAGUAGAUUGAAGUAAAUGUAUAUUUGUACUUGAUGUGUCCGCAAUAAAAGAGGUAGUAUAUCUACAAUAUAUAAGGCAUAACCGGCAGUUCGGUGGCUAUUGCGUCCAC